AUGGGUGGUCUAAGUUAAAGAGUAGAGGAUCUUAUUAAGAUAAAUCUCAUUAAACACUAAGAGAAUGCAAAUUAAAUUAAAACCUCAGGAAAGACCGGAGAUAGUAAAGAAAUAUCAGAAAUGAAGUAGAUGUUAAAUGCUUUGCUUUUGAAAAUGGAAAAGGAAGAACAUAUUACUUAAUCACUUAAGCAAGCAAUUGAUAACAAAAAUUAUUAAAAUAACUAUUCCAGAGUAGAAUCUAGAUAGGAUUAUCAGAAUCAAGCGAAAGCACAUUCUAGUUAUUAAGAAAAUUAAACACCACAGGGAUAGUAAAUUAUGACUAAUUAAGUAAAGACAUAUCAAGCAGAUCAUUAGUAAGAUUAAAUUUAAGAGUCAUCUAACAUGGAAUUCUUUUAGUAACAGAUUCAAGACUUGAUGAUACAGCUUCAAGAAAAGGAAAAAUUGACAUAAUGGUAUUAGCUUAAGCUAAAAGAAUACGUGGAGCCAUAGAAAGUUAAUAAUAAAAUAAUCAGAUAUAUAAAUAUUGCCAAUCGUGAUAAAAAACUUCCAGGCAAUAGGUUUAACUAAAACUCUCAAAGAUAAAAUGGAAUCGGUAGUCAUAAUUUUUAUUAAGGAGGUACUACUGGCCUUCAAAACAUUAGUCAAAUGGCUAGCAUACUUAGGAAAAAGGAACUUAAUGAUAUGUAUUCACCAAGCAAGAGAAAUUAGAUUAAACUUGAGUAGAUACCUGAAAUAGAUCAAGGUAAAAAUAGAUAAAUAAUAGAUUACAAAGCAAUCGUAAAAAAUAUAGAUAAUAUGAAUGGUGUCUAUUUAAACCCUGAGGGAAAUAGUUACUAAAAUGCCAAUGUUAUUUAAAGUAGAUCAGUAAUUAACUCUAGUAGAAAUUAAACAGUCAUCAUUCCAUAGAACAGAUUUCAAAUCUAAAAAGGUAAUCAGAAUGCUAAUAAUACAAUAAUUGUGGGAGGCUAAAACUUAAAGCGAGAAGCGGGGUCUCCUUAAUUAAAUAAAAUAAUAAACCCUGUGUUUUAGGAAAGAUCAAAGUCAACUCUGCAUACCCAGUAGAAUAACCAGAAAAACAAUAAUACUUAGAAGCCAUAGGAAUAAAACUACAUUAAUAACUAAUUCUUUCCACAACCAAAGAGUUAAUAUUCACUUUAGUCAGCACAGACUGUAUAGUAAAACUAGAAUUCUUAACCUUAAUCCACCAUAAACUAGUAGCAAUAAUAAGUGAGGUAAUAAUAGCAAUUAGAUCAGGAGUAGUAAAAGCAUUAAGAACUUGCACAGUUGAAAAUUGAGGUAAAGGAAUAUAUGCAAAGGCACAGAAAUAAUUACUAUACUGAGUAGCAAGAUAAAUACUAUGGAGUAAAAGAUGCUUACACAAAAAUAAGAGGUGAUAUCAAUGAAGAUCAAGCGAUAAAUUUUGAUUUGUCCUUUAACAAUAAAUUUAAGCCUAUGAUUAUAGUAGAUUAGCCUGUCUAAAUUGGAGUCUCUAACUAAGUUCGAUAAGAAUUUAUUAAGGAAAGAUAAGUUUAUGGAGUAAUGAGUGAUUAAAAUAGUAUAAGUCGGAAAAAUGAUGAGUAGAACUUAUGGGAGCAGAUCAAAGUGCAACUGCUGUACUGA